CCACGGUCCUCGCUGACUGCCUACCUCUCUCUAUGGACGGCCGGAGGGGUGAAGAGGAAACGGGGAAUAUCGUCGCUGGGACCGCUGCGCCUUUUCAGUGCCGGGCCAUGAUUUGAUCACGGAAAACCGGGGAGUGGGGGGAAAAAAAACGGAGAAGAAUAAAGACGACGGGAGCCCGAGAGGAGAGAGAGAGAGGAGCCGCCGUUGGAGAUGUGCUUUUGGGCCGAGAUUGCGGCGCUAGGUACAACACAGCAGCCCCUGCGACGUGUUGUUUUCCACUUGAUUGUUGUCCGCACGGUAUCCCUGUCUAGGCCUGGACUGAGCAGAUUGUUCUGAGAGGAAACGGACAACAAACGGGGGAAGUGAACAUGGCUGGGACCUCGGGCUUCUUUUCCAACGGACCUAUUCCGUGGAUGGACAACGACACAGAGAUGAACAACCUGUACCGGGACCUGGAGCUGGGGACGGUACUGACGCUGUUUUAUUCUAAGAAGUCCCAGCGGCCAGAGAGACGGACAUUUCAAGUCAAGCUUGAGACCAGGACUAUUAUCUGGACUCGAGGCACGGAUAAAAUCGAGGGAGAGAUCGACAUCAGGGAAAUCAAGGAGAUUCGUCCCGGACAGAAGUCACGUGACUUUGAGCGCUAUGUGGAGGACUCUGCAGCUCGGCUGGACCAGGCUCAUUGCUUUGUCAUCCUGUACGGCACCGAGUUUCGCCUUAAAUCACUCAGCCUGGCAGCAACAUCUGAUGAGGAGAUGACUAUGUGGGUGAAGGGAUUAAACUGGCUUGUGGCAGACACACUGAAGUCCCCAACACCACUGCAGAUAGAAAGAUGGUUACGUAAGCAGUUCUAUGCUGUUGAUCGCAACAGAGAAGACAGGAUAUCCUGUAAGGAUCUGAAGAGCAUGCUGAGCCAGGUCAACUACAGGGUGCCCAACAUGAGGUUCCUCCGAGAGAAACUUCCGGACUCAGAGCUGAGGAAUGGAGACGUGUCCUUCAGCCAGUUUGCCCAGCUCUAUCGCAGCCUCAUGUUUGACGCUCAGAAGAACUUGGAGAUCCCGUUUCUGCAAAGGUUCAUUGACAGGCCAGAACAGAGGCUGUCCCUCGACGACUUCAAGAGCUUCCUCCUUGAGUCUCAAAAGGAAAUGUGGGCAUCAGACAACAACAAGGUUCAGGAGUUUAUGUUCAGUUACCUGAAGGACCCCCUGAGAGAAGUGGAGCAACCUUAUUUCCACCAAGAUGAGCUUCUGACAUACCUGUUCUCCAAAGAGAACACCAUCUGGGACUCUUCCUUGGACCAGGUGUGUCCCGAUAACAUGAACAACCCCCUGUCUCACUACUGGAUCUCUUCUUCGCACAAUACCUACCUGACGGGAGACCAGUUUUCCAGUGAGUCCUCCCUGGAGGCAUACGCGCGCUGUCUGAGGAUGGGCUGCCGCUGUAUUGAAUUGGACUGCUGGGAUGGUCCAGAUGGAAUGCCAGUAAUCUACCACGGACACACCCUCACAACGAAAAUCAAGUUUUGUGAUGUCUUGACCACCAUCAAAGAGCACGCCUUCGUAACGUCCGACUAUCCUAUCAUCCUGUCCAUCGAGGACCACUGCAGUAUUGUGCAGCAGAGGAAUAUGGCGACUCAAUUUAAGAAGGUGUUUGUAGACAUGCUGCUGACCAAAGCAGUGGAUAUCGCUGCAGAUGGUCUGCCGUCACCCAACCAGCUCAAGAGGAAGAUCCUCAUCAAGCACAAGAAGCUUGCAGAAGGCAGUGCCUACGAGGAGGUGUCCACUUCCACUCCCUACUCAGAGAACGACAUCAGCAACUCCAUCAAAAAUGGCAUCCUGUACCUGGAAGACCCCAUUAAUCAUGAGUGGUACCCUCAUUUCUUUGUCCUGACCAGCAGUAAAAUCUACUACUCAGAGGAGACCUCGAGUAACCAGGGUAAUGAUGAUGAAGAAGAGCACAGAGAGGUGUCCAACGGUAUGGACCAGCACGUGACAGAGAAAUGGUUCCACGGGAAGCUGGGUGCAGGGCGGGACGGGCGGCAGAUAGCUGAGAGGUUACUGUCCGAGUACUGCCUGGAGACCGGAGCUCCUGAUGGCUCCUUCCUGGUCCGAGAGAGUGAGACCUUUGUGGGAGACUACACGCUGUCUUUCUGGCGUUCAGGACGGGUGCAGCAUUGUCGCAUCCACUCUCGUCAGGAGGCAGGCAGCCCCAAGUUCUACCUGACUGACAACCUGGUGUUUGACACGCUCUUUGCCCUGAUCAACCACUACCAGCAGGUGGCGCUGCGCUGCAAUGAGUUUGAGAUGAAGCUGACUGAACCUGUGCCUCAGACCAACGCUCAUGAGAGCAAAGAGUGGUACCAUGCCAACCUCUCCAGGAGCCAUGCAGAGAACAUGUUAAUGAGGGUUCCUCGUGACGGGGCUUUCCUUGUGAGGAAGAGGGCAGAACCCAACUCGUUUGCAAUUUCAUUCAGAGCAGAGGGAAAGAUAAAGCACUGUCGGGUGCAGCAGGAGGGUCAGACCGUGGUGCUGGGCACCUCAGAGUUUGACAGCCUUGUAGACCUCAUCAGCUACUAUGAGAAGCAUCCUCUGUACCGCAAAAUGAAACUGCGGUAUCCCAUCAACGAGGACACACUGGAGAAGAUAGGCACUGCCGAGCCAGACUACGGUUCACUGUACGAGGGCAGAAAUCCAGGCUUUUAUGUGGAGGCCAACCAGAUGCCAACAUUUAAGUGCACGGUGAGAGCCAUGUACGAGUAUAAAGCCCAGCGUGACGAUGAGCUCUCCUUCACUAAGAACGCCAUUAUCUCUAAUGUGGACAAGCAGGAAGGAGGAUGGUGGAAGGGGGACUGUGGAGGGAAGAAGCAGCUGUGGUUUCCUGCUAACUACGUGGAGGAGAUCAGUCCGUCAGCCGUAGAGCCUGACAGAACUCAGGAGAUGACAGAAAACAGCCCAUUGGGAGAUCUCCUGAGGGGAAGUGUGGACGUGUCUUCCUGUCAUAUUGUUGUGCGUACUGACGGAAAGGGCAGCAGGCCUCAUGUCUUCUCCCUGGUGGCCAAUACCUCACUGCGGACAGGCCAAGUGCUGGACGUUGCUGCCAGCAGUCAAGAAGAACUCAAGGAAUGGGUGUUCAAGAUCCGUGAAGUCACUAUGACGUCAGAGGCCAAGCUGGAGGAGGGGAAGAUGAUGGAGAGGAGGAAGAAGAUUGCACUGGAAUUAUCCGACCUGGUCAUCUACUGUAGGCCUGUGCCGUUUGAUGAAGACAAGAUUGGCACCGAGCGGGCCUGUUUCAGAGACAUGUCAUCCUUCCCUGAGACCAAGGCAGAGAAGUACGUGAACAAGAUCAAGGGGAAGAAGUUCCUGCAGUACAAUCGACUGCAGCUGUCCAGGAUCUACCCCAGAGGGCAGAGGCUAGACUCCUCCAACUACGACCCUCUGCCUAUGUGGCUCUGUGGCUCCCAGCUGGUGGCACUGAACUUCCAAACAGCAGAUAAGCCCAUGCAGAUGAACCAGGCUCUGUUCAUGCUGAACGGAAGAAGUGGCUACGUCCUUCAGCCACUCAUCAUGAGGGACGACAACUUUGAUCCCUUCGACAGACACACGUUACGAGGCCUUGAGCAAGUCACCCUAGACAUAGAGGUUUUGGGCGCCAGGCACCUGCCCAAGCACGGACGAGGCAUAGUCUGCCCUCUAAUCGAGAUUGAGGUGUGUGGGGCCGAAUACGACAGUGCCAAGCAAAAAACUGACUCUGAAGCUGAUAACGGUCUGAACCCCACAUGGCCCCGCAAACCAUUCCAGUUCACAGUGUGCAACCCCGCCUUCGCUUUCCUGCGUUUCGUGGUUUAUGAGAUUGACAUGUUCAAUGACCAAAACUUCCUGGCUCAGGCCACAUUCCCCAUCCACAGCCUGAAGACAGGUUACCGGUCAGUUCCUCUGAAGAACAGCUACAAUGAGGAUCUGGAGUUGGCCUCUCUGUUAGUCCAUAUGAACAUCAUCACAGGCCGGGAUGAAAACGGGGAGGUUCUGAGCCCGUUCCUUGCAGUCGGGGCCGCGCCGCUGACGGCAUCGGUCCAAGCAGGGCAGGAACGUUUGGGGGACCUGAGCUCGGUGUCUUCCACCUCGUCUAACAUGUCCCCUCUGCCCCAGUCGCCAGCCCAGGCCAUGGCCUACAGGGGGAGGGAGGGCUCUUUUGAGUCCCGCUACCAGUCCCCACUAGACGACUUCAGGGUGUCCCAGGAGACACUGUUGGACCACAUGGACUCAACGAACAGAAGGUAAAUGAUGUUGCGGAGGACCAGAGUGGGUGGAGAGAACCGCGUCUAAAGUCCAAGCCAAUCAGGAUGUAUUUCUGUUACAGCCCCCCACCCCCAC